UAUAGAGCCAGAGUUUCGAACACAGGAGAUAUCAGUAGUCAGAAUGGCCAGCUUUCUUAAGAGUAUUAAAACUGAGUUACAUGAAGAAAACCCAGAUCUCAGUGCUGUUGGCCCUCGGUCUAAUUCCACCUCUACAAAAGAAAAGCAAAAGGCAAUCCAUGUGCUUCAGAACACAUCUGCAUGUGAAGUUAAAAAGUUCUUGAAUGGUGGGGUUUUCCCUAACAGUGUUCAUUCUUAUCAAAAUACAACAGACAUCUGUAAAAGUAUCUGUGGAGAGCCUUCUGCUUUCUCUGUCCCAGAGUCCUUUGAUUCUGUUGUUUGUGGAGUCUCUAAAGAACAUACUGCCAGUGAGACCACUAUUAAGGGAGACACAGAGACCAGUGUAAAUUCAUCCAUGCACUAUGAACCACUUUCUAGAGAUUCCCAUCAGGACUCUCAUGAUGACCCUAGAAAUCACAAAUUAGACAUGAGCACAUCAUGUACUUUGAGAAAGAGUCGUCCCAGCAAAAAUGCUAUAAAAGAUAGUUCUGACGUGUUUGUACACUUAAACAAUAGUGGUCAUGACUCUAGGGGCUACUCUGACAAAAUUCCAGAGCUGGAGACACACAUGCCACCCAGAAAUUGGGCCACAGAACCAUGUCCCAUCUUACCCAAAGAUAAGUGUAUGCCAUGCUAUGUUCAGAUCCCAGAUCAGCAUGGUGUCUCCAGGACUUACGCUAACUUUACUAUAACAAAAGAGUUCAAAGAUGCCACAAGAACGUUCCAUAGCCUGAAGAGACAUCGGGAUUUCUCUGCAAACGGCAGCCUGCUCAGCUCCUGGACAAGAACUUGGCAUGUGGCAGAUGACCUCACUCAGAAUAGUUUAGACCUGGAAUAUUUAUGUUUCGCACAUAAGCUAAAACAAAUACUAAAGAAAGGGGAUUCUCAGCCAUCUGUUUCUACCAGCAGCUCCCCUGAGGAGUUACGUGCCCAGAUCUCAGUUGAAGCAUUCCCUUCAACAGAAAUAUCUGAGUCCCCAAUUCCGCAUCUUCCACCGAGGAGCAGAAGCCCCAUUCUGGUAACAGUUGUGCACUCAGACACCAGGCAACAGAGCUGGCACAGAAGAGGCCACUCAUCCAGCAAUCUAGUAGGGUCUUCCUCCUUUUGGAAAGAGAGGUGUGGUCACAGUAGAAUCCCAAGUUCUGAAAGAAAUCUGACUGUUCCUUUUCACCUCAACAAACUGAAAUAUAGUACUUUGAAAGAAGCUCGAAAUGAUAUUUCACUUAUUCUAAAUGAAUAUGCUGAAUUUAAUAAGGUGAUGAUACAGAGCAACCAAGUUCUCCAAGAUAAAGGUUUAAGUGUAGCCUCUGAAGAAGCUGUAUCUCAUGAGACGUGUCACCUUUUCCCAAGACAGUCGGCGUCCUACAAAGACGUGAUUGCAGACUUGUGUGCCACUUUGCAUGUCAAACUAAAAGGUGUUUUGAGAGAGGCUUGUAAGACACCUUUCCGGUUCUACCUUGUUGAAACAGAAGAUAAAUCAUUCUUU